GUGGUGCGAAUUUCAGGGCUCUCUCUCUCUCUCCUCUCUCUCUCUCUCUCCUCUCUCUCUCUCUCUCUCUAACUUUCUCUGCCAUUUCGUUGCGAAUCCACCUGUAGAUCUAACCCAGAUCUUGCUGGUUUUAGGGCUGGAUGUGUUGGAUCGGAGCUUGCGUACUUGGGGGAAGUGGUUUCGAGGUGCAUUUGAUCGUUUAGGUGCUGGAUCUCUUGGUGUAUGCUGCGAUUGUAGCUGUAAUUGAAUUGAUUGAGGUGUGAAUUCGGAAGUGUUUUCGGGUUCUCUAGUGGGAAAACGGUGUGAAUUUGGGCGGGGGUUAUUAGGCGUUGGAUUUAGGGUUUAAAAGAUGGCUUCCAAUCCUCCUCCAUUUCAGGUGGAGGAUCAAACGGAUGAAGAUUUCUUUGAUAAAUUGGUGGAAGAUGAAUUUGUGGGACCCGAGGAUUCUGGAUCCAAGUUCUUCGAUGGGAGUGAUUCUGAUGAUGCCAAGGCGUUUGCCAACCUGAGUAUUAAUGAUUCGGACAAUACAAUCAAGGAUUCCGAUGGUGACCGUGGGCAUGAAGCUAUAGGGGAGAAGGGUGCGGUGGAGGCUGAUCCAGGAGCAUUGGGAGCGCAUGCAGAAGUGAAGGCUUCUUCUCUGGUUUCGUCUAAUUCUGUUGGGUGCUUUAGUGUGUUGGAAUCAGGAAAUGAUGGUGUUGGAUCGGAAUCAACCUCAGAUUCGUUUGUGUGCAAGAGUGAUGAAUCUGGCGGUCCGGCAAUAAAGGAGGUAGGAUGGAGUUCGUUUCAUGCUGAUUCAUCGCAGAAUUGGGGGCAGGGGUUUGGAUCGUAUUCAGAUUUUUUCAAUGAUUUGGAUAAUAAUGAUGCAGGGAGUCUCGGUGUGUCCUCGGAGGAUCAUCUGAAUGGUGCAGCAUCAAUUAAAUCUAGUGCAGACGAGAACUAUGCAAAUAACUCUGUUAAUUAUGUGCAGUAUCAAAACGAUCAUCAAGUUUAUGAAGGAUCUACAGAUCAAAUUCCGGCUGGGCAGGAUUUAAGUAGCAGUCAGCAGUGGGAAAAUCUCUAUCCAGGGUGGAAGUACGAUUCGGUUACUGGACAAUGGUGUCAGGUCGAGGGCUCUGCUGCAGCAGAAAAUGUCCAAGGUACGUUUGGCACCAAUUUGAACAGUGAAUGGUCUGACGUUUCUGGCACAAAAACAGAGGUUGCUUAUUCACAAACUGCUCAGCCUGCUGUAGGCACUGUAACCGAGGCUAGCACGACAGAUAUUGUUUCUAACUUUAAUCAGGUAUCACAAGGAAAUACUGGGUACCCUGAACAUAUGUAUUUUGAUCCUCAAUACCCUGGUUGGUAUUACGACACAAUUGCUCAAGUAUGGUGCUCCUUGGAAUCUUAUAAUUCAUCAAUUAAAUCGACUAACGAAGCUCAUAUUCAGCAUAAUCAAAAUGGGUAUCUAUCAGCUAAUAGCUAUAAUUAUAGCGACAGUAGUAUGUAUAGCGACAAUGUGCAACCUAAUGAAUAUGGGUCAAGAGGUGUUCAUACUCAAGGCCUAGAUGACAAAUUGGCAGGGUCUUACCACAACGAAAAUCAACAGAGUUUGACUAGUUGGCAAACUGAAAGUGUUUCAUCUCAGGCUGCCCCAACUUUUGGUGGAAACCAGCUACUGGAUAGGUCUUCUAGUCCUGAGUUUUCUGCAAGAAAAGACCAGCAAAAGUCUGUUAAUUCUUUUGGAACAGCUCCAUCAUAUUUCCAACCAAGUCAGGGUCGUAAUGAGGUCAAUGGACCUGCCAGCUUAAAUAGCUUUGCCUCAACUAUGGAUUAUGGUCAUCAGUUUCAUCAGGAAAAUUCCAAGGAACAUGAACAUAUGCCUCUAUCGAAUGACUAUUAUAGCAAUCAGAAACACGUGACGGAUAUCCAACAGUCCUUUCACGGAGGUCAUCAGUCUUCUUAUGCUUCAAAUAUUGGAAGAUCUUCUGCUGGACGUCCUCCACAUGCAUUGGUAACAUUUGGAUUUGGUGGUAAACUUGUAGUGGUGAAAGAUAGCAGCUCAUUUGGAAACUCAAAUUAUGGAAAUCAGGGUCCUGUUGGAGGCACAAUUUCUGUCAUGAACUUGAUGGAAGUUGUCAUGGGUAACACCAAGGCCAAUGCCAUUAACAAUGAUGUUGGUGCAUGCAAUUACUUCAGUGCUCUCUGCCAACAAUCCUUUCCUGGUCCAUUGGUUGGUGGAAGCGUGGGGAAUAAAGAGUUGCAGAAAUGGAUUGAUGAAAGGAUUGUGAAUUGUGAUUCGUCAGGAAUGGAUUACAGCAGAAAAGGCGAAGUAUUGAGGCUGCUUCUUAAUUUGCUUAAAAUAGGAUACCAGCAUUACGGGAAGCUUAGAUCACCAUUUGGGACAGACACCAUGUUGAGGGAAAGCGAUAGUCCAGAAUCAGCAGUUGCCAAUCUUUUUGCUUCUGCCAAGAAAAGUAGUGUUGAAUUCAAUAAUUAUCGUGCUCUUAGCCACUGCUUGCAAAUAUUGCCUUCUGAAGGACAAAUGAGGGCCACUGCUUCUGAGGUUCAGACUCUUCUGGUAUCUGGUAGAAAGAAAGAGGCUUUGCAAUGUGCACAAGAAGGUCAAUUAUGGGGACCUGCCCUUGUUCUUGCUUCACAACUUGGUGACCAGUUUUACAUUGAUACUGUAAAGCAAAUGGCUCUUAAGCAGCUGGUACCUGGAUCACCUUUGCGGACUUUGUGCCUGCUUAUAGCUGGGCAACCUGCAGAGGUCUUUUCUACAGAUAUAACGUCUAACAUCAAUCCUCUGGGUGGUAGCAUGGCUCAAAAUUCUUCACAGUUUUCUGCAAAUAGUAUGCUGGAUGAUUGGGAAGAAAAUCUAGCAGUGAUAACUGCCAACAGGACAAAAGAUGAUGAACUUGUAAUUAUUCAUCUUGGAGACUCCUUAUGGAAGGAAAGGAGUGAGAUAACUGCUGCUCACAUUUGCUAUUUGGUUGCGGAAGCAAACUUCGAGUCAUAUUCCGACAGUGCUAGGCUCUGUCUUAUUGGAGCUGAUCACUGGAAAUUUCCUCGAACCUAUGCUAACCCUGAGGCUAUCCAGAGAACUGAAUUGUACGAAUACUCCAAAGUUCUUGGAAACUCUCAGUUUAUCCUUCUACCAUUUCAGCCAUAUAAGCUUAUAUAUGCAUACAUGUUAGCGGAAGUGGGGAAAGUUUCAGACUCAUUGAAGUACUGCCAGGCAGUUUUGAAAUCACUUAAAACGGGUCGUGCACCCGAAGUUGAAACGUGGAAGCAGUUACUGUUUUCUCUCGAUGAGAGGAUUAGAGCCUAUCAACAGGGUGGAUAUACAGCAAAUUUGGCCCCUGGAAAAUUAGUCGGAAAAUUGCUUAACUUUUUUGACAGUACUGCACAUCGUGUUGUCGGGGGCUUACCACCUCCUGCACCAUCAACAACCUCACAUGGCAAUGUUCAUGGCAAUGAACAUUUUCAUGAAUCAGUAGGCCCAAGGGUAUCAACUAGUCAAUCAACAAUGGCAAUGUCAUCGUUGAUGCCAUCUGCUUCAAUGGAGCCCAUAAGUGAGUGGACUGCUGAUAGCAGCAAGAUGACAGCUUCAAACAGGAGUGUUUCAGAGCCAGAUUUUGGCAGAACUCCAAGACAGAAUCAUGUCAGUUCUUCAAAGGAAUCAAUGUCAGCUGACGGUCAAGGCAAAACAUCAGAUUCAAGAACAUCUCGUUUCACUCGUUUUGGUUUCGGUUCACAAUUGUUGCAAAAGACUGUUGGAUUAGUCUUGAGGCCUCGCCCAGGUCGCCAGGCCAAAUUGGGUGAGAAGAACAAAUUUUACUAUGAUGAAAAGCUGAAGAGAUGGGUCGAGGAAGGUGUUGAAACUCCGGCUGAAGAGCCAGCCCUGCCACCACCUCCUACAACUGCAACAUUUCAGAACGGUGGGAUAGAUUACAAUUUGAGAUCUGCACUAAAGAAAGAAGCACCACCAUCCAAUGAUGGAAAUGCAGAGUUUUCAAGUCCCAAUCCUACUCCUCCAGAAAGUAUUUCCGGAAUCCCCCCUAUCCCACCCAGUUCAAAUCAAUUCUCAGCUCGAGGACGGAUGGGCGUUCGUUCAAGGUAUGUUGACACCUUCAACCAAGGGAACGCGAGCUCGGCAAACUUGUUUCAAUCGCCUUCGCCUUCUAUUCCGUCAAUUAAACCAAAGGUUGCUGCCAAUGCAAAAUUUUUCGUUCCAAGUCCCGCAUUGUCAGCCGAACCAACAGAGGAGACUAUACCGGAAUGCUCACCGGAAGACACCACAACCAAUGAACAUCCUUCAACAUCCACCACAAAUGAGUCAUUUCAUACUCCCUCCGCAACCAUGCCCAUGCAAAGGUUCCCUAGCAUGGGAAACAUCUCAGUCAAGGCUGCAAUUAAAAGCAGCAAGGCAUUAACAGUUAACUCACGACGAACUGCAUCAUGGAGUGGUGGAAACUUCAGUGAUGCUCUUAGCCCCCCUCCUAAACCAGUGGGAGUUAGACCUUUAGGUGAAGCACUGGGUAUGCCCCCACCAUCUUUUGUGCCUACCGAACCGCCCUCGGUUCAUGGUCCGAUGAAUGGAGGUGGCGGUAGCAUGGGAGAUGAACUCCAUGAGGUGGAACUUUAAGUAGCUAACAUGUAAAUACCAAGUUUUGUUCCGUAGUCGAUCCACACAGAUACAUGCAUUGGUCGCUCCUGCAUCUCUCCCGUGUAAUAGGGCGGUCGUCGUAUGCGCCAAAAUAUAGAGUUCAUUAAAGCAAGUCCUCAGCAAGGACAUGCCCUUUUUGUUUUCUCUGAAAUUUCUUUGUUCCCUUUCCCAACACCCUGAAAUUUGUGAACAAAUAUAGUCGCGACAAUUUCUUUCUGUAUGCUUAUGGUUAGAUGUCAGUUCAUUUGAUUCUCCUAGGAAGUUUCCAACGUUCGAUACUUCUGGAGCUGCUAUUUUACAUUAAACCAAACACACAAGGCCUUUAUUGGCACCCAUUGUACAGUUCAUUUGUUUAUUUUUUUUUUCCCUUCGUUUUCUCAGAAACUAGAAAAUGGGCCCUCAAGGUGCUUCAAAUUGAACAUCAUAAAGAUGGAAAAAUGUACUGAAAUUGUGAAGAAUAAGAUGAUUUGCUUCUUGCGCUUUUUACCAA